AUGUCUAUUCAAACAUCAAUGAAUUCUCAAUUUGAUGCUAUUGAAUUGAUUACACAACGCACACUUAUUUCGCAACGUAAUAGUGAAUUAUUAACAGAACGUGCUGCUCAAUUUGGUUUAUUACUUGAUGAUAUUUCAAUUAUAAGAUACGAUAAAAAAGAGUCUCGAACACAUUUAAGUUUUAGACCUGAAUUCACAAGUGCUGUUGAAUUAAAACAAGGUGCACAACAAGAUGUUGGAAAACAACGGUUUUUAGUUGAAAAAGUUUCAUCUCAAGUAGCUACAGCUCAUUUUCAACUUGUUCUAUCACGUGAUCAAGGUUUUAGUGGACGAAGGUUAUUUACUGUAGUCCCAUUAAUUAAUCAAUAUCCUAUAGGUUCAAUUCUUCUUGAAAAUCCAUAUUAUGGUUUAAGAAAACCACCAGAUCAAUCUCGUUCAUCAUUAUUGUAUGUUAUCGAUUUAUAUAUCAUGGGUGAAGUACUUGCUUUAGAAACACUUAUGCUACUUCAUUGGUGUCAAAAAAUGAGAUUAACAUCAGCUACUCUACAUGGUUUUUCUCUUGGUGGACAUAUGGCUUCAUUAGCAUUUACAAAAUGGUCUGAUCCACUUUCUCGACAAUUCUAUGAAAAUAAAAUUGUUCUCGAUCUUAUUAAAGAUAUGAUGCGUCUUGUUAUGGAUGAACUUACAUCUUCAUAUAAUUAUUCAUGUUCAGUUCAAUCAAAUAUAUCUAAUGCUAUGUUUAUUGCUUGUACACAUGAUGGUUAUGUAUUACGCGAUGGUAUUCCACAUAUGAAUGAUGUUAUGCUGUUGCUGAAAUGUUACAACGACAAGAACCAAAUGUAA